CGUUGGCAGCGCCACCAAUGGCUCCUCACUCAUUCCCAGCCUUCGCCCUCCUCCUCCCCGCCGUACUCGUGCUCGUCGCCUUCGCCGCCAUAUCGGCCCGCGCAUCGGUGGCUACAAUUAUGCCAUCGCCUGCGCCGGCGGUGGAAGGCAGCGGGUUCCUCCAUGCGUGCUGCGCUAACACGACGAACGCGUCCACCUGCUACGACUCCCUCCUACCUCACGCAGGGUCCUUCCACGGCAACCGCGUCCUGGUCGCCCGCGCCGCCGCUAACCUCGCGUUCACGCGGCUCCGCAGCUUCCGUGAAGGGCUCCGCCGCCUCCCGCCCGGAGCCACCGGCGGCGGGCGGAUCGUGGACAGGGCGCUGCAGCUCUGCGUGUCGUCCGCCGAGGUGUCCCUCCUUAGAGAGGGCGACGCGCUGGCUGUGAUCCAGCGGCUCGAGACGGCUGCCGGCAGGGGAAGAAGGGAGCAGGCGGAGUCGGACCUCAACACCGCGAACCUGUACGUCGGCGGGAUAGGUCCCUGCGUUACGUCGUGCGUCGAUGAUGUGGAGAGCAUCGGGGACGCGGGGCGCGCGGCGCUCGCGUCGCCGGUGGGCAAGAAGGUGUUGGCCUGGGUCGCGAACGUGCGUCUUCACGGGGACAUUGCGCUGGACCUUGUAGUGCAAUCUGAACCUGAAUAUGUAGUGCAAUCUGAACCUGAAUAAUCUGUCUCCGGGUUUUUUCAGAAACAAUCUGUCUCCGGUUGAUUGAUUCUGUUCUGUUUUACUUGUACUAAAUUUUUCAGUGGUUCAUCGCCAUGCCGAUCUUACUAUCACAAUCUCUUGUCUCACUCCAACACCAUCGCCCUCCUGCUGGUGUGGCAUACUCCCCGGCAUCCACAUCGUUUAUUUCAGACUGAAUUUUCCCUAAGAUGGUGAGUCAUCCAGACAUUCAGUAGUCAGUGCUCAAACUUUCUUCGAUGGAAAUGUCAUUUCUUCGACUCCGUGUUGUUCCCAUUUGAUCCAUUCAUGCUUGGAUGGAAGAGAAAAACAAUCUGGUUUCAGAUUUGAUGCAGUGGGAAUUGGCCAGUGGCUCCUUCCGCGGCAACCGCGUCCUGGUCGCCCGCGCCGCCGGUCGGCAAGCAGUUGGUGGCCUGGGCGGCAAAAAAGUUCGUCCUCACGGGGACAUUGCACUAACCUUGUUUCUUCCAUGAACUCUGAAUGUACUGCAAUCUGAACAUGUGUC